GCCCGGCUCGAGGCAGCGCGGUGCGGGGGGGGGGGGGGAGGGGGGGGCAACUCGGCACGGCCGCCCCGGAGCCCCGCGCGGGGCCCCGCCGCCCCCGGAGCCGCACAAGUUGGAGCGAGAGUUUGUCGGGAGCCCCGAACUGCCGCUCGGAGGGAUGAGGACGUCUGAAGAACCUCGUGGAGCUCCUUACCAUCUUCCUUCCCCCACCAAACCAUGCACCAUGCAGCUGUGAAACGUCGCGGCGCUUUGCUUCACUAACAGAAAGGACCCAAAUAGUGCUCUGUCAUUCUACAAGAGUUCAUCCCAGUGCUGCUGGAAGGCCAAGAGCAGGGCACUGCUGUGCUGCCCUCAGACUGUUGAUGUCCUCAGCUGCUGCAGGAGAAGCACCAGAGCUGGAACCCAGUUUGUUACUGGACUUGUGGAAGAGGAAACACAAAGACUUCCAAAUGAAUAACAGAAAGGAAGAUAUGGAGAUUGCCUCCCACUACCGGCACCUGCUUCGGGAGCUCAACGAGCAGCGGCAGCACGGCAUCCUUUGCGACGUCUGCAUCAUCGUGGAGGGGAAGAUCUUCAAGGCUCACAAAAACGUGCUGCUCGGGAGCAGUCGCUACUUCAAAACGCUGUACUGCCAGGUACAGAAAACCUCCGACCAGGCCACGGUCACCCACUUAGACAUUGUCACUGCACAAGGCUUUAAGGCAAUCAUUGACUUCAUGUAUUCUGCACACCUAGCGCUGACCAGCAGGAACGUCAUCGAGGUGAUGUCUGCUGCCAGCUACCUGCAGAUGACGGAUAUCGUGCAGGCCUGCCACAACUUCAUCAAGGCAGCUCUGGACAUAAGCAUCAAGUCAGAUGCCUCGGAUGACCUUGUGGACUACGAGCUGGGAGCCCCCUCCAGCAGCAGCACGGACGCUCUGAUCUCAGCAGUGGUGGCUGGCAGGAGCAUAUCGCCGUGGCUGGCUCGGAGGACGAGUCCAGCAAACUCUUCGGGAGAUUCUGCUAUCGCCAGCUGCCACGAAGGAGGGAGCAGUUAUGGGAAGGAGGAUCCGGAACCAAAAACUGACAGCCACGAAGACGUUUCGUCCCAGUCGCUUUGGUCCAGUGACAUGGGCUAUGGGUCUUUACGUAUCAAAGAGGAACAGGUUUCUCCCUCUCAUUAUGGAGGGAAUGAACUGCAUUCUGCCAAGGAUAGUGCAAUACAGAACGCUUUCUCAGAGCAAGGAGUGGGGGAUGGCUGGCAGCCCACGGGGCGCAGGAAGAACAGGAAAAACAAAGAAACUGUGCGUCACAUUACACAGCAAGUAGAGGAUGACAGCAGAGCAAGUUCUCCAAUGCCAUCUUUUUUACCUGCCUCAGGAUGGCCGUACAGCAGUCGAGAUCCAAGUGCUGACGUGACGGCAGCAGAGCCCAGCAGCUCGGACAGCCGGGGGGAGCGGCCGGACCCGUUUGUGCACAGCGAGGAGCAGCUGCUGGGUGCUGGGGAGGGCAGCUACCUGCCGCAGCCCCCCCUGGACAGGGAGGAUGCACUGCAAGCUGCCACCGUCGCCAACCUGCGUGCAGCACUCAUGAGCAAGAACAGCUUGCUGUCGCUGAAGGCCGACGUGCUGGGCGACGACAGCUCCCUGCUCUUCGAGUACUUACCCAAAGGCACGCACUCUCUCUCUCGGCCUGGCACCAAAUGGAGUCGUUCCAGGGGCGAAAGUGAUGGCAAAGUGGAAGCUGCGUCCCCCCCGCUGCCUGCAGCACACCUUGCCACUCAGAGCCCCCCCGCCAGCUGCUCCUCUGGUGACAUGUCACCAGAAGCCACCGCGAAAGGAGAGCUGCCCUCCUCCACCCAGGCUGCUUACGAUGGGUUUCUGGCGCUUUGGCCAUUUGAUAACUCUGACUCAGAUGCGUGUUUGAGGUCAGAAGGCACGGAUGUAACCCACGACAGCCCAUUCCCAGACCCAGCCCUGCCCAAGGGACUGAUCUGCGGCUUCUGCAGGAGGGUCUUUGAGCGUGCAGAGGAGCUGCAGGAGCACAUCCACGGGCACAUCUACCAGCACGAGGCUGCCCUCUCCCUGCUGCUCCCUCUGGAUGCCCGUACACGGCCCGGCCUGCUGGGCACCGUGCCUCCCGGCCGCUUCCAGUGCGCCCAGUGCCCCGCCAGCUUCACGCUCAAGUCCAACAUGGACCGCCACGAGAAGACCAUCCACUUCAACUUCAACGAGUUCACAGUGAUCAGGAAGAAAUUCAAGUGCCCAUACUGCAGCUUCUCUGCCAUGCAUCAGUGCAUUCUGAAGAGACACAUGCGGUCCCACACGGGAGAGCGGCCUUACCCCUGUGAGAUCUGCGGGAAGAAGUUCACGCGUCGGGAGCACAUGAAGAGGCACACGCUGGUGCACAGCAAGGACAAGAAAUACGUCUGCAAGGUGUGCAACAGGGUGUUCAUGUCUGCAGCCAGCGUGGGCAUCAAGCACGGCUCCCGGCGGCACGGCGUCUGCGCCGACUGCUCGGGGCGCAGCGUGGCCGGGCACCUGGAGGCCAGCGGGGCCGAGGGGUCCCCCGAGGAGCUGUACCCUGGGGAGGGGGCGUACAUGGAAGACCCGGAUGACAUCAAGGUGGAGGGAGACGAGGAGACGGGAGACGACGACGACAUCAAAUGGAAGGAUGACGUGGGCAUGGCGCACGACGACGUGAUUUUGGAUGAUGACAAAGACGUCGACUCCUCGCAGGAGAACUCUGGGGAGAACGACAAGGAUUUUACCUGGAUUUCUUAGGGAUCCUUUUGUCACGUUCUGUUGUUUGUAGGGGGAGGGAGGGCAGGGGAGGAAGGAGUACGUUGCAGAACCUACAUAGCCUUGUUGUCGUCCACGUGUGCAAAACUAUUUGUGUUUUCUAAACGAGUCCUGCUCUGUUCCACUUGGAUGUGUGUUAGCAACACGGCCCCGCCGCCUGCUGUUCCUCCUCGAUCCUGCAUGGGGAUCCUAGGGGCACGUGCCCCCGUCCCACCCUGCGUUGAGCUCCAGGAGAUGUUGUGUCCGACGUUGGUUUUGGGUGGUGCUUAACACCUCUUCUAUGGAUUAACAUCCCAGCAGCAGUGGAACUGCAAACUAGAGGUGUUGGGAACGAAUGGGCGCACGUUUCCGAGGGCUUCCCCUAACGAUGCAGGCCUUUUGCAAGUUAUUUAAAGAGGGUUUUUAUUGGUUGUUUUUUUUUUUACCGAGCCAAAUAGAUCAAAAGGCAAGUGGCAUUGCAGCCUUACGAUUCUUGUCAUAAAAGUAGAUUUUUAGCUUCCAGAAGGAUCACCAUCAAAAAAGAUGAUGGCAUUUCUAGGACCCAGCGGCGUCGUACCCGUGUCCUGUCUUCCAGCCUUGCGUCUCCGCGCCCACCGAUGGGCGCUGGCAUUUUCAUGGACUCUUUGCCAUAAGGACACAGGGAAUUGUCCACCUGUCGGCGUUUUCCACUGAUAUUUUCACUUUCCUCCCUUUGCUCAGCUGCCUUUCUCACAAAUAUAUGCAAAAGAAAAAGCGAGACCUUUAGGAUGAGCUGUGAAACACGGGACGCCGAGGUGAGGAGACCCAAAAUCCUGCUGGGAUCUCACCUGGGUGGGCUUCAGUCCAUCGUUGGUAGGUGUGAAAGCUAUUAAGGAAACCCUUCAAUCUCAGCUGCACUGGUUUCAUGUAAAUUUGCAAAUAAAAUGUUUUUAUGAGAA